GCAGCAAGGAAACAGAAGAUAUAUCGAACAUGAAUACAACACAGCACGAACGAGAGCCCGCGCCGUCUUAUCGCCAAUCAUUCGACACUCUGGCGCACAUCCCCGCAGACCCAAACUCGUCGGAAUUUAGGGCCAGCCGGAUUGACAAUUUCUGGAUCAAGGUCUUCCCACCCACGCCAAAAUGUUACAUUUGUCAAGACAAACCGGAAGCCGCGAAUCUACUCUCAAGGCCGGGAUGCGAUCACAAGAUCUGUGGCAAAUGCCUGAUCAAGAUAUUUGAGCGAGCCGUCAACGACAAGAAAUGCAUGCCACCAAGCUUCUGCUCUCAUGGUGAGGUGUCGCCCGACAUGGCGCCGGGCUUGUUCGACGACGUGUUCUUGGCACAAUGGAACGAGAAGUACUUCGAGUAUUUGGAGCAGACUGUGUCAACAUGACAGCCCAUUUGGUGCUUCCACCAUGGACAAUCUGGACAGACCGAAAAGAUAAAGAUUUCUGAAAACUAGCAGGGUGGGCGACCCGAUCCGGAUUCUUGAAGGGAUCAUCAGCGCGUUGGCGAUAAAUCAGCAAAUAAACAGAUGUGUCCGACACCGGCGAAAUUACCGGCAUUGAACGGGCUAUGGUCGGUAAAUCACUCCAUCCUUGGAAAUACCCUCCAGAAUAAGGCGCGGGAUACACUGAAACAUGGACACAGGUGUUAACAGCAUCUAACUCCAAGGACCCCUGGUUCAGGACCUCCGAAUAGAGCGUCAGCCUCCAAGCACCAACGAUUACCUCCACCGUGGACACAAUGUCAACGCCAUCGCCGACAAAAUGUACGCAAUAAUAGAACAUAUGACUCAGGUCGUUCCGUUUCCUCUCG